AUGCCGCUGCAAGGACAGGCCUCGUUCAGCACGGCAACGACUGCUGUUGCUAGCCAGAGCACUGCUUAUCCUUCUUUGGAAGAGUUCGCCAUGUUCAAGAACCCUCCCCCCAAGCCUGAGAUCAUGGAACCCAUGUGCGACAGUGCCUCUGAAAAACCUGACCAGGAGCACAAGCUUGAUCCGCGCCCUGUCACUCCAAACCCUCCUUCGCCCAUCUCGACCGACUCCUCAGACGACAAGAUCGCGGACGAUACACCUUCUACCAUACAUGGAGAGUCAAUGAUCUUCCCAAGACACCCACUCUCUAACAGAAAGCAUGCGGCCAAUGUCCCUACCACUCCUCGCUGGCCAUUCCAAGACGCCACACCUCGAGUAAUGGUACCCAUCACUCGUAGUGUCACAUCAUCAUCAAGCCCUUUCAAUCUGGGCUCUAAGAAAAGCCCUCCCGGCAAAGUCAGUGUGUCUGAAUCGCUCGAUGAAUUCCAGCUCAACCAUCCAAACGCGCGCCUCCUAGAGCUGCACCCGCCUCAACUUGCCUACAAUGAAACGACACGCAACCUUGCCAACGUCCCCGAGCUGGUUGAAAAGCCUCUUCAUCAGGCUCAAUCCGCGGAGACUAUUACAGAGGUCAACAAGAAGCAUUUUAACCCGUUCCGCGGCGGCCGUUGGAACCCUCGCUCACCCAAGGCCAAUGUUGGCCAACCCGAUGAAAAGCUCGACAGCAUUGCAAAGCCUACCACAGUCUGGUAUCAACGUCUUAGCCUUCAGAAGGACGCGUUCCGCGGAUCUGCUGCUAUUACACUCUUCCUGAUCGCCAACACAUUCAUCUCCAUCUCAUCACUGGUGACACUCACCGUCGCUGAUGUAGCUGCCCCGCCCGCCCUAAUCGUCUGGGUUAUUGUGAGCGUUACUACCUCUGCUUUCGCCAGUACCAUCAUUUUGCUCAUGAUUCGCUACCGUCGAGCCGUUGCAUUCGACGAAGAGAACAGAUUCCGUUCCUACCAGCCAAAGGUUUUCAGCGAGAGUGACGUUCAUCUUCCGGCUAGCCCCCGUGAAGUUGCCCAUCGACAGAAGCUUGGCUCAGCUCCCGUGCAAGGACACCAGUUCGAGCAAACAGUUCACCCGUCAGAGAAGACCGGCUCUGUCCCUGAGAUGGGACAAGUCACAUACGAGGUUCCGAUGGAUACAGAGGCCGAUCAGAUGGAUGACUUUGCAUUUGACGAUAGAAACAUCAUUGAUACGGUACCUCGCCAUGUGUCUGACGAGGAGCAGAUUGAGAGCUACUGGGCUGAUGUCCCCCUCACUUCACGUCCAAUGUGCGCGAAGUGUCAUAUUGAAGCUCUUAAAGCUACCGUGACCCAGACUCCCACCGACUCCCCACAAUCGAACAGCUAG